AAGAGCUCAGAGUUGAAGCGAGCGCGAGCGCAAGCGGCACGAGAGGGAGGAAGAGCAGGAGCAUUCGCCGCCGCCACACGGUUCCCCUCAGAAGGCGAAGAGGAGAAGGAGCCUGCCUCGCUUUUGGGACGCUUUGUGAGGGGAAGACGACGCUGAGGCAGCCCUUCAGGGGGAAAGGCGGCCAAGGGAGAACCCUGAACUUCUUGGGGUGCCCUCCAUUUUAUAUCAGCAGGGAUUGAGAGGAGAGGACGCGUCGUGGCGCCUCAUUCUUUCCCGACUGGACUCUGGGAACGAGACUUUUCCUCUCCUUCUCCCGUGUGCUUCCUAGAAAACUUCAUUUCUCUCCCUGACAGCCGCUCCUGAGAAAGAAGGGAGGCUCCAACAAGUGUGUGUUUGAACAACUCGGCGCAGGACACUCCCACCAGGGACGGAGGGGGUGGGGAGCCUCCAUACUUUGAGAAAAAGUAAGUUGUGCUGGACUUGCACUCGCUUUGCCCCUGGAUUUCGUACUCUUGGAGAUACCAGCCUCUCUUUACUCCCCAGAGGAAAGGGACUGACAAGCCAAUGCCUUGUGGCGAAAAAUGACUGAAUUCGCUGCUUAGUUUCUCAACUGGAGGGGAGCAAACUUGUGGACUGUGUUCUAUGACUGCAAAGAUGGAACCUACAUUUUACGAUGAUGCCAUCAACGCAACCUUCGUCCAGCCUGAAAGCGGCACUUACGGAUAUAACAACCCCAAAGUCCUGAAGCAGAGCAUGACGCUCAAUCUGGCUGACCCGUCCAGCAACCUCAAGCCGCACCUGAGGAACAAGAACGCCGACCUGCUGACCUCUCCCGAUGUGGGCCUCCUCAAGCUGGCUUCUCCUGAGCUUGAGAGGCUCAUCAUCCAGUCUGGCAACGGGCUGAUCACCACCACUCCCACCCCGACCCAGUUCCUGUGCCCCAAAAAUGUCACCGACGAACAAGAAGGUUUUGCGGAAGGCUUUGUCAGGGCUCUCGCAGAGCUGCACAAUCAAAACACCAUGCCAAGUGUUACCUCUGCUGCCCAGCCGGCCAACUCUGGCAUGGCCCCAGUGUCUUCCAUGGCUGGAAACAAUGGCUUUGGUGCCAGCUUGCACAGCGAGCCUCCUGUCUACGCCAACCUCAGCAAUUUCAACCCCAGCACCCUCAGCACGGCGCCUAACUACCCCGCCAGCAACCUGGGCUACCCUCCGCAACAUCACCUGAACCCUCCCAUGCCGGUGCAGCAUCCCCGCCUCCAGGCUCUGAAAGAAGAGCCUCAGACUGUCCCAGAGAUGCCUGGGGAGACUCCUCCCCUGUCACCGAUUGACAUGGAGUCCCAGGAGAGGAUCAAGGCGGAGAGGAAGCGCAUGAGAAACCGCAUUGCCGCCUCCAAGUGCCGGAAAAGAAAGUUGGAGCGGAUUGCCAGGUUAGAAGACAAAGUGAAAACUUUGAAAGCCCAGAACUCGGAACUUGCCUCCACAGCAAACAUGCUGCGAGAGCAGGUUGCGCAGCUGAAACAGAAGGUCAUGAAUCACGUCAACAGUGGGUGCCAGCUCAUGCUCACACAGCAGUUGCAAACUUUUUGAAAAGAGAGUGGGAAGCAAACUGCGUUGGGGUGAAAAUUAAGCAAAAAGAAAGAGAGGUGGGAGUUGGGAAACUCACCUGGGUUGUGGGGCAGGAAGACAAGCCGGAAAGGCAUUGUUCCAGAGAGCGCUUCCACGACUCCCAACACCACUUCCAAAGCAUGCAUGGAGAGAAAGAGACUGGGUGCCUUUCUGUCUGAGGUGGUGGCAUGUCAGUUGGAAGUACAGCUCUCCGAAGUGCUGUUUCUGCUCAGACAAGGCUACAGAAGCCUGGUGUUAGCUUUUUCUUUCUUUCUUUUUAACAUUGACCAAGACCUGCAUGGACCUAACAUUCAAUCAUCAUUCAGUAUUAAAGGUUAAACUGCAGUAGAUACUGUAGAUUGCUUUCUCUUAGUACUCAUUUUUUUUAAAAAAAAAAAAGUGGGGAGGGAGUUUGUGGGAGGCUAAUGACUGAAGCUGAACUAUACUGCCUGCCUUAGAGUCCAGUUGUGUAUGUACAGAUACUCUUUUUUAUUUUGUGACAGCUGAUAAAUAUCAAGUAAAACUACUUCAUGACUUUGUAAGUUAUUUUUAUGUUCAUGUGGGUUCAAGCCCAGUAUUGUUUGUAAAUAAGAGGAUUUUUUUAGCAACCUUGAGUUUUUUUUCCAUUUGUAAUAAAGUAUAUAAUUUUUUAUGUUUUAUUCUGAAGAAAUGAAGAAAGGGUAGGUCAUAUUUAAGAAAAUAAUACUUUGCCCACUUUCUUUGAUUAGUGCCAUUAAGGCUACAACACUAUAUACACUUACCUAGGUGUAAGUCUCAUUGAACAAAGUGGGGUUUACCUCCGAGUAGACACGUGUAACAUUGCACUGUCAGGCAUAUGCAGAAUCAACUUGUGGUUAGAUGUUAAAACUUCACUAAUGCUAUAAGUGGGGGAGGGGGAUCGAGUUCUGUAAAUUCCACACUGGGUUAGUAUGUAACAGCAGUGUAAUCCUUUUUUUUUUUUUUAAAGAAGAAGAGAGUUCUGUACUCCUGUUAUAAUAAAGCUAUUGGUCUUUAGAGUACUGUGUGUCCUCUGUCACUGGAAUACAAGAGGAUGUGUUAAAUGAGCCCCCAUGGUCUGUUUUACAAGCUACUAACAUAGUUUUCACAGAGAUGAAGAAAAGUGGGAAAAGAGGAUGGGAUUCCUGUGUAUCCACGCCCCUUUGUGAUGACUUCUAUAAAAUAUAAUUGGUUAUUUCCUAUUUGAGAUAUUCUGUGUUAAGCAAUUACAUGCCUAAAGAUAGGUGAAAGUGUUCAAAAAGGGAAUCUUCACAUGCAGAAUUUGUCACCUUUAUUUUUUUUUUUGUUAACUCUUUGAUAAAAGAUGAAAUCUGUUCAUGAGUAUUUACAACUAUGCCUGUUGUCCAAUAAAAUCAUUCUAUUACUCUUUCAA